UCGUGUUGUGCAUUGCACAACGCAGAAUCACUUUUGCCAGCGCCAAGCGCACAGCUGCCUAAAGACAGUAACUGCAAGACCUGAAAAUCUGGCACAAUAGUGACAGGGCUCGACAAUACUAUUGUUCUUGACUAGAAAAGCAUUCAGGACAGUUUCUGGCACAUUCACUGGCGCAUCUUUACGCUCGCAACAUACAAAACUGGCACUUCUUCGCACUCCAGUCCGCCACUUAAACCAAACGCAACUUCGCAAAACACGCUCGAGCAACACAACAACAGACCGACACCAUGCUCGCAACACAAUUCCUCGCAGCUCUUGCUGCAACGCUCGCCACAUCUCGAGCACACAUGUUCAUUCUUUCGCCUCAACCAAUUGAAGGAACCGACUCGAAAUCCCCGCUUGACCCGUCAGGCGUACAAUUCCCCUGCCAAGGUGCAGUGCUCCCAGCUUCGGGAGGUCAGAAGAUGGAGGCAGGAUCCACCCAGAAGCUGGCCUUCAACCUCGGUGGCGGCGCGAACACCGCUGUACACGGAGGAGGUUCCUGUCAGCUCUCCAUCACGUACGAAACAGAUCCGGCGAAGCAAAAGGAUCCGGCCAACUGGCACGUGAUCUACUCGAUCGAGGGAGGCUGUCCGACCGAUGCCGCUGGCAAUCUGGCAAACGCCGUCGAAUGUACUGAGGGAAGCACGGAUACCGCUUGUGUAAACGAGUUCCCAUUCACGGUUCCCAAAGGUGUCAAGGAUGGACACGCCAUCAUGGCCUGGACAUGGUUCAACAACGUCGGAAACCGCGAGAUGUACAUGAACUGUGCAAACGUCGAAUUCACUGGAGGAGACGGAUCAGAAGUCGAAAGCUUCCCACAACUCUUCGUCGCCAAUCAAGCCGGAAUUGGAGAAUGCCCAACGACCGAGAACUUUAACGUCAAAUUUCCAAACCCAGGCAAGUACGUCACAACGAAGACCGAGGGCGGAACAUACCCACUCGCUGUACCUACAGGACCUGGGUGCGCUGCAGGAGGCUCCGGCAGCUCUCAAGCUUCGCCAUCACCAUUCGUUGCACCAGUACCAGUACCAUCUCCUGAGUCUCCUGCACCUCAAGCACCCGCUUCUUCGACUCAAGCACCCCCGCCAGCGACACCAGCUCCAGCCGUACCCGCUCCGACAGUCAGCUCCGGCAAGUGUCUCGAAGGCGAAGUCCAAUGCUCCACCCCUGGCGCCAUGGUCUGCGUAGAUGCCGAGCACUUCGGCAUCUGUGACAUCGAAGGUUGCGCCAUUCCCCAGGCUGUCGCGCCAGGCACACACUGUGUCAACGGACAGAUCAUGAGGAGGAAGGCUAAGCGCGGACAACACGGAAAGGGGCACAAGCGCCACGUCGGGCAAAUGAGAAUGGACUAGGCGCGUCAUUUUGUUUCUGAUUUGAGAUUUGGCGCAAGAGGUUGAUGAAUGAAUUCGGGUUCCCUCUGCAGCAUGCCUUUUCAAGGUAGACGACGAUAGGAUAGACUCAACGCAUUGAAUUGAAUUGCUGAACAAUGACUUUCG